CCACAUCAUCAUAGCAAUAUAACCGGAUUGGUAGGUCAGAGAUAACAAAAACACGAUGGCGAGUGGACGAUCAUUGCUUACUGCAAGUGUGUCCCUAAAACCAAAGGAGGUUUCAAAGCGACUAUUGGAUGUGAAACCAGCAAGAACAAGAGAAAUUUUCUAGGCAAGGGUUUAAGCGUAUAUAAAGAGAUGGAUGCGAUAGAGAAAACUUUUCUUCUUUACCUUUUUUUUUUUCCCUUCUCACCUUUUCCCCCUUCUCGCUCACUUUCAUUUCUCUGUCCAGCCGUAAAACAUGCCCGCUUCACCCGCUACCAUGAACAACAAGCUGAACAAGUCCGAAACUGGGUCCAAGAAGUCAGCCGCUUUGGCUGCAAAUUCCUCCAAAUCCGUAUCUGGGGAAGAGAUCAACAAGGCCAAGGAGCUCCGUGACGAGCUCUUUGCUGCCACCACCGACGAUGAGCGUAGCUCUGCCGCCGAGGGGCUUGCUCGCUAUAUCGACCGUCACGGCGUCCUCUCUCUUCAAGACUUUGGUAUUUUAAACACCAUUUCUACUGAACUGAACAAUAAGAAGAACGCCAAUGCUCGCCAGGCCGCAGUCGCUCUGAUCGCUGCUAUCAUCAACCAUGCUUGUGAACGUCAAGCUGAACCCUAUAUGAUGGGUUUUCUAGCUGACCUCUUGGAAUUGCAGGCUGAUAAGGUGCCCGCUGUCAAGACGGAUGCCGCAGCCACUGCCAAGUUGAUGAUUCACAAUAUGGCUCCUAAUGCCGUGGCUCAUAUCACGCCCAUGUUGAUGGAAGCCUUGACCAACUCCAAGAAGUGGCCUACUAAGAUGCUCUCCUUGUCUCUCAUUGAUGAGUUGGUCAAGAUCAGCCCAAAGGCCCUCCACUCUGUUAUCCCCAAGAUUGUUCCAUCUAUCUCCGACUGUAUGUGGGAUACCAAGCCUGAUGUCAAGAAGGCUGCUACUGCCACUAUGGGAAAUGUGUGCUCUCUUGCCGAUAACAAGGAUAUCGAACGUUUCAUUCCCGCUGUCAUCCAGUGUAUCAACAAGCCUGAAAACGUCCCAGAGACCAUUCACUUGUUGGGUGCCACCACCUUUGUUCAAGAAGUUGACUCUGCUACUUUGGCCAUCAUGGUUCCCUUGCUUGCUCGUGGUCUCAACGAGCGGCAAACUCCCAUCAAGCGCAAGUCAGCUUUGAUCAUUGAUAACAUGUCCAAAUUGGUCGAUGAUCCUAACGUGGCUGCACCAUUUUUGCCUCUCCUUUUGCCUGGUUUGGAAAAGACGUAUGAAGUCGUUGCUGAUCCCGAAUGCCGUGGAGUGGUCGAAAAGGCUCUUGCUACUCUCAAACGGGUUGGAACUCCUACCAAGGCCACCAAGACGCCUGAGCAGAAAGCCGAAGCUAUCAAAUCCGCUCUCAAGGACUUACUUCCUAAAGACAUCAAUCCUUUCUUUAACUGCAUUGUUGAGUACAUCGGCGAUCUUGCUAUCUCCUUGUCUACCAUUAUGGAUUUCAACAAGAACGAGUGGUCCGUCAAUGUGACUGAUUUUGCUGUUGCCUUUAUGGAUCAAGAACUUGCUGAAGAGCUGGCUAGCAAUUUCAUCGAGCGCUGCGAAGACGCUGUCGCCGAGAAGGAAGUCGAAGAAGAUGACGAUGAAGGCGAAGAUCUCUGCAACUGCGAAUUCUCCUUGGCUUAUGGUGCCAAGAUCUUGCUUAACCGUACCUCUCUGCGCCUCAAGCGCGGAAAGCGUUAUGGACUUUGCGGUGCCAAUGGUUCUGGUAAAUCCACUCUCAUGCGUGCCAUCGCUAAUGAGCAAGUCGAAGGCUUCCCACCCAAGUCCGAGCUUAAGACAGUCUAUGUCGAACACGACAUUGAUGGUUCCGAAGCCGAUACUCCUAUCGUUGACUUCGUUCUCGCUGACGAAGGGGUUGAAACCAAGGAUAGAGACGCUGUUACCAAGAUUUUGCUGGAGUAUGGUUUCACUGAUGAAAUGCUUGCUAAUCAAGCCAUUGGUGCUCUUUCCGGUGGCUGGAAGAUGAAGCUUGCACUGGCUCGUGCUAUGCUCAAGAACGCUGACAUUCUUUUACUCGACGAACCCACCAAUCAUUUGGAUGUCGUCAACGUUGCCUGGUUAGAGAACUACCUGUUGGGUCUCAAGACUGUUACCUCCAUGAUCGUUUCUCACGACUCUGGCUUUUUGGAUAAAGUCUGUACCGAUAUCAUUCACUACGAAAAGAACUUCAAGCUGAAGCGUUACAAGGGUAACUUGUCAGAAUUUGUCAAGAAGGUUCCCGAGGCUGCCUCAUACUACUCCCUUGGUGCAUCUCAAAUCACUUUUGCUUUCCCUGAACCUGGUUUCCUUGAAGGUAUCAAGACCAAGGAACGCGCUAUUUUGAAGAUGAAGGAUUGUGAUUUCCAAUACCCUGGUUCUAGUAAGAAGCAGCUUAUGGGCAUCACCAUGCAAUGCUCCUUGUCCUCUCGUGUGGCUGUCAUCGGUCCUAAUGGUGCUGGAAAGUCUACCUUGAUUAAGAUAUUGACUGGCGAACAUGAACCUCAAACUGGUACUGUUUGGAAGCACCCCAAUCUCCGAAUUGCCUAUGUUGCUCAGCAUGCUUUCCAUCACAUUGAACAACAUUUGGAUUCCACCCCUAACCAGUAUAUCCAAUGGCGUUACGCUACCGGUGAAGAUCGUGAAGAACUUGACAAGGUAGAUCGUCAGUAUACUGCCGAAGAAGAGAAGGCCAUGACUGCUGUUCAUAUUAUCGAUGGAGAGAAGAGAGUUGUUGAAGAAAUCGUGGGUCGCCGUAAGCUCAAGCAGUCCUACGAAUACGAAGUGAAGUGGGUUGGCAAGUCCUCUGUUGAGAACACCUGGAUUCCUCGCCACAAGCUCGAGGACAUGGGUUUCUCCAAGAAGAUCGCUGAAUGCGACUCUGCCGAAGCUGCCAAGUUGGGUCUCAACCGUCCCUUGACCGCCAAGGAAAUCGAGAAGCAUCUCACUGAAGUCGGACUUGAAGCCGAAUUUGCCACCCACUCCCGUAUCCGUGGUCUUUCUGGAGGUCAAAAGGUCAAGUUGGUCAUUGGUGCUGCUAUGUGGAACAGACCCCAUAUGUUGGUUCUUGACGAACCUACCAAUUACCUCGACCGUGAAUCUCUAGGAGGUCUUGCUACUGCUAUUCGAGAAUAUGGCGGUGGUGUUGUCAUUGUUACUCACAACCGUGAAUUCUCUGAGGAGCUCUGUUCUGAAGUCUGGAAGGUCGAUGCUGGUAGACUUGUUGCUUCUGGUCACAACUGGGUUUCCGGAAAUGGUUCCACCGUCAUUGCUGAUAAGGAGGAAGAAGACCAAAUCGACGCCCAAGGCAAUACAGUGAAAACUGUACGAAAGGCUAAGCUCACCUCAAAGGAACUUCGCAAGAAGAAGAAGGAUCGUAUGGAACGUCGCAAGCGCGGUGAAGAAGUGUGGUCAGAUGAAGACGACGAGUAAAGAAAAAUCCUUAGCAAAAAGAAAAAAAAUGGCUGAAAAAAAAAAUUCGAAGAACUCAAUUGCUUGGAUCGACCAUUGCUUUUUUUUUUAUUAUUAUUUUCCUUCAUACGUGUCUGUACAUACAUUCAUUUCACAUACGUCCUCUUUAUUUUCUUGCAUAUCACGGUUGUAAUUGUAGCCUAUUGGCAUGUUUAACUUCUUAUUUGUUUUGAUUGUUUUAAGUUUUGUAUUAAAGCGCUAUCAUUUAGACCAAAGUACACAAGCGCACAAAAUAAAUAUCAAAGUUGUUCAAACUACACAGACUUAAAGUU